GAGGGCUUUGAUCUCAGGGGGUGGAUUCUGAUCCAAGCGUGGGCUCGCUUGCAUGCUUUCCUUUUUCUCUGUCUUGAAAGUUGAUUUUACUCUAACAUGUCUAUAGAUUGGUAAGCGGAUGAGCACACAUGCCUUUCUUUCCAGAAGGGAUCCUGACUGUAAUCUUGUAACACUCUUUACAGCUAACGAUGCGGAAAUUUCUUUAGGGUUCUAGGGUUUCCGUGGCAUCGUCGACUUUUCCCUUCUCGUUCCUAUGUGGCAAGGGUUUUUCAGUGGAUAUCCGAAGUAGUUUUGUCCUUUUGAAACAUGUCAGAAAGCCUGGAAAUUCCACAUAUUUGCUCUGUAAAAUCCGCCUGACAAGAGACAGGAAUAAUUUAAGGAUGGUAAAUAAUUUUAUGCUUUGUGAGAUUUCCUUGGAGCAAAGCACACUGCUCAUAUUGGACUUCACGCUGUAAAAGAAAAUCCACAAAACUGAAACCAUUUUCUGUGAGGUAAGCGGAGUUUUGACUUUAGUUAUUCCUGAUUAAAUAUAUAUUUUUUUCCCCAGCCUUUUAGAAGAAUUUUAUGUAAUCACCUAGUGCAGCUUUGGAAGUGAUUAUUUUUGCAGUUUGUAGGCGUUGUGUUGAUAGAACAGAGAGCAUUUGGGAAUCUGCAGAUACACAGCGUGACGACUGUGUUGUCCUCUUUGCAAUUUAAUAAUGCUCAAGGUCUAUUGUGUCCUUUUAUUUGUGCAAGGUGGGAAAAAAGGGACAUGCACUAAUGGUUAGGUUUCACAACGCAGCAGGAACAUAAUUUGCAUUUAAUAUUUAAGGCCUGCUCACCCACUUAGCUUAACCUUUUGAGUUUUUUGCAUGAAUUCCUUUUCGGAGCUUGCCUGUCUGAGAGGCUAACGGAAAAGGUUAUUGGACAACACAUGAUUUGUUUUCUAGCACUCUCAAGUUGUACAUCUUUCUUACUUUCCUUUGAGUCUCUUGCAUUAUUUCAAGAGAUGUUUUAGUUAAAAAGUGAAAUUAAAGUAUAAUUUAUUUAUAAGUUGUGGUCUUUCUACAUGGUGGCUAUUCAGUGGAUUAGGAUGAUCAUCACCUUUUUUAAAGAACUAAACGUACCUCUUUCUAAAUGCACGUUACCUGACAUAAUCCCCGUGUGAACGAACAGAACGAUAGCAUCUGCCAAGCAAGCCCAUCGUGCCCGAAAAUGACUUGGGGUCUGACGGUCUCCAGUGGGGAGACGAUCAUCUUGCACAGAGAAUAAAUCCAGGCAGGCAGUGGUGCCAGACCCGAUGGUUGGAAACCUGACUCUACAUUCCGGUCCACCAGGCCGUGCCCCUGCAUGACCCGGGGCAAGGGACCCAACCGUUCUCUGCCUCUGUGUCCUCACUGGUGGGCAAAAAUAACAAUGCCACCAGCCCUGUGUUGUUGAGUGGAUUCUGCACCAUCACAGGCACACGUGUGAGAGAUUGUUAGGCUAAGGGGUCCUUCCUGCCGCGUCUCAGGCACGUACGGGGUUCGGAAUGCUCUCUCAUUCUGUGCGCCUAACACGCCUCUUGCCCAUCUCAGCUGCUACCCGGACUUUCCGAAGCGAGUGUCGGGUGGUCACAUCCCGUUGAGCUGUGCUAGGAGAUAGAAAAGAAUUGGAAACCAAGGGCUUGGCAGCUGGGUCCUCUUAGCUGUCUGUCACUUGCACAAAGACGAAGCCCGCCCACCUCUGAGCUGGUGUUUCUUACUCAGAGUGCUAGGCUUCAAAUGAUUAAACAAAAUAGUAUAUGUUAGGUCUGCCUUUCUCUUCAGCGGGAGUGGGCCGUGAAUACCGCGAGGCUAAGUAAAGCCCGAGGCACGGCCCGUCCAGGAGGUCUUACACACUUGGCCCUUUUGGAGGAGAGGUGUCUCUUCAGGGCAUAGAGAGGUGCCAAGGGUACAGGCUAAAAAGGGUCAAGUUGAGCUGAGUUUUCUGCCCAGCUUUCAAACACACUGUUCUGCGUUUCUGACACCAUACAUCCGUUUGGUGGGGACUUGGUGGCAACUUGGUGGAUUUGUUGGAAGCAACUAUGCUUAGUUUUCUUGGGAGUCUAAAAGGCCAUUUGAUCUCUCUAGCGCCCAUUGGCUUUUUUUUUGUUGACUGUCUUUCUAGCUCCAGGGUAUUAGCACCCUGCUCUUGGUCUGUUCUGAUCAUUAGGGCUGAUACGUCAUGAAGAUGCCAACUCUUUCCCUGGGUGUGGUGGGAAGGGACAUCCCUGCCGCAUGAAACACACAAGAGCCCUGUCGUCUUUGUUGCCAGGGAUCACUUAUGUGCCCUAUUCAGCCGUUAGAGAUGUCACCCUCAGUGUUGGAUGCGAGAGAGAGGGGCGAGAGGGAGAGAGGGAGAGGAAGAAAGAAAGAAAAUCCAGUCCCAGCUCAGGGUGCAGGGAGGCUGACAGUGGGAGGCCGGCAGCCGGAAGUGGGGUGGCAUCGAGAACCAGAAGUGAACCCUCUGACCCAGUGGCUUCAUGGCAGGCAGUUGGGCCGGGAGAGCUCGUCCAGGGGGUCACAGGACAAACAGUGGGGUCAACAAGUAGGCAGUGGGGAGAAAUCUUGCUGGUGUUGACUUCUCUCCACUCUCUGCCACAAGCUGCCACGCUGCCAUCAUGGCCGGGGGAGGCGGUGGGUGGGUCCUAAAGGGGUUUGUGCUGGGCCAGUGUGUCGCUGGGCACCAGCCAGCAAACUGGGAAGUGGGAAGGUGGCCGUUGCCAUUGGCAGAGCGGUGGGCUCACUGGAGCCGACAACAUGGUGGCGUCCAAUGAGCCCUCGGCUGUCUGGGCCUUUGCCGGGGAGACUCUGGAAGCUCAGGGGCCGAGGCUGCCUGUCGGGUGAGGCUUGGCCGGGGUGUGGGGGCCACAGGGAGCCAUACUUGCGUGCCCUGUGUUGGCCUAGAGUACGUUCGUUCAGGCAGCAGGCCGUGUGGAACCCAGGAAGCUGGUCUGGAAGCAGGCUGUAGGAUGUUAGCUCUCUCUGGAGGUUGGCCUGGGGCUGGCCACGCCCCUCUUGCUCUUCUGUCCCGGCAUCUGUGCUGUGGGCACAACGGCACCUGACUCCAGUGAGGCUGUUUAGUCCCUGUCUUCCCCUUCCCUUCUCGUUAAUGUGACUGGUUUCACUUCCAGACUCUUCCUUCCUUCCUCUUCCUGUUUACCACCUCCCACCCCCAGCCCUUUCCUUCCUGCCUCUCUCUGGCCCCUGCUUCCUCAUUCUCCUCCAGACUUCACCUUUCGUCCCGGUCUUAUGGGAGCAAGAAAGCGUUGUCCCGGGGAGUCACCCUGGGAGUCGCACAGGGAGGAAGGAAGAAGGAGGAAGUUGCUCGGAGGCCAUGCCCACGCCGCAGUGAGAAUCAGCCCGCGGGCGGGUGGGCUGGUCGGGUAGAAGUGGCUCUGGAAUGAACUGGCGGCGGAAGCAGCCCCAGUGUUGAAGCGAUAAUUACACCCCUUCCUCACGCUGCCGGGUCCGUGACUCACAGGAAGGUGCCUCGAGACUCCCCAGAGCCGCAGGCCCCCUCGUGGGCUUGCGUGCUCCAGACAUGACCCUGGCUCGCCACGUUGGUUUCUGGUGCAGACCUCUCCCUGCCCUUCCUCUCCUUAAACAGCGGGGGCUGGGAGUUUGCCCCCAUCCUCUCCGAGAGGAGACCGUAAGAGGGUGUGUUCGACCUUUCCGAGGCAAGCAAAGGCCCGUGUCCAAAGAGCAGCCAGCCUGCUCCCUGUAUCUUGGGUGGCGGAAAGGGACCCGCAGCCGUGCUCCUGGGAACCUCCCCUUGGGCCUGGCCUGCCAGGACUGCGGUGGGUGGCAGGUUCCCUGUGGCCCAUGGUGGUUGCAGAGCGGGUCAUACGCUCUUGGAUAUGGUCACGGAGGACAGGCUGUCCCGUUCCUUUGCCUUCAUCCUCUGCCUCCAUGGUGUUCAGCCGUCCGUUUCUCUUUCUUUUCUUUCUAGGCUUCCUGGAUUGGAGACAGAAUAAUUUCAGAAUAAUCUCCCCCCUUUUUAAGUUUGUUUAUUUGUUUUGAGAGAGAGAGUGAGCAAGCACGCAGGGUAGGGGCAGAGAGAGAGAGGGAGAGAGAGAAUCCCCAGCAGGCUCCACAUUGUCAGCACAGACCCUGAUGCAGGGCUCAAACUCACGAACUGUGAGAUCAUGACCUGAGCCAAAAUCGAGAAUCAGACGCUUGACUGCUGAGCCACCCAGGCGCCCUUUAUCCCCCAUUUUGGAGGAGAAGAAAGCAGGGAGUCUGAGCAGAGAGUCUCAGGCCAAACCCUACUUUCAGUCAAUGCCAUUUGCAGACUCCUGCAUGUUCUCAGGGGAGGCCCUCUGGACUUGGCUGGUCUCAGAAGAAGAGCACGUGGGACUGGCCCCAAGUCUCACGUGGCAAUCCUUUUUCCUUGGAGAGGUCAUCAGACUUCUUACAUCUGUGCACUGGCGGGUAGGUCUCCCGGCUGUGGAGGCCCAUCCUGGCUCUGUCUGUCUUUCUGCCUCCGCACCUGAUCUGAAGCAGUCUUUUGCUUGAUACAGCCUUUUCUCCUCAUCAACACAGAGAGAUGCUUAAAAGAAAACUGGAUUCUGGAAGAACCCAGUUAGAAUUAACACUGGUUAAUUAUAUUGUCCUUUUCGCAGUUACUCAAGUUAAAACCUGUAAGAUGUCUGGAGGUUUAAAGUAACGGAAAGUAACGUUGAGGAUGGUUAGGGGCUUUAUUCCCACGUCCACUCUACGUUUUUCCUCUCUUAACCUGGUAGAGAAAAAUUACUUGGGGCGGAUCAUUGAGCAGCUGACAAAAGUGAUGGACCCUCAGGAAAUCACUCAUGUCCUUGAGAAGCCACCCGUGUGCGCUUCUGGGGAGUUCGCCCAUCUUACGACUCUCGUCCACAGAUUUCCCCCCUUAGGACUCUGUGGGCUCUAGGUUCAUGAUUCUGACUUUGGUGAGCCUCUGAGUAAUCUAGCUUCUGUCUUGACUCAACAUCAUUAACAUUACAGACUUAAUUAUCAGGUAGUUACAGAAUGAAAAGCACUGUGUUUCUUUAGUCAAGUGGCAUUUUGAACUCUCUCUUUAUCUUCAGGUCUGGUUGGUGAGGUAGGCUUGGCAAUAUUAAUGCCUCGUUAUCUCUGUGCUGAGAGACCUUGAGGAACAUUACAUAAUAACAACCCCACCCCAGGUGGCAAAAACUGUGAGGCUGAGACCAAGGAGGGUAUUGAAUGUGCUGGUUAGACAUCCCUACAGUGGUGAAUACCAAUCGCAACAUUAUGUGCUGGUGUUCUAACAUUUCAGGAGUUCGUUUUUUUGUAAUUAGUGAAAAAAUGUGAUUUUUUUGUGUGUGGGGGGAGGCAUAAAUUUAGAUCUUGACCCCCACCCCAACAUUUUGUGGAACUCGCUUUAGUAAAAAAUCAACAGCUGUUUGUGAGAACAGAGGGGUGGUUACAUGCCUAGUUCAGGGCAUGAUCAGACAGCAGAGGAUCCCGUGGUUUCCCCAAGGGCACCGAAGGAACUUCACCUUGACCCCAUCACGUCAGCCAGCCUGCGAAGGCAUGCUGCUCACCGCUUUCCUUGUCUUUGGAAGGAAUAAGAGCCACAGUUACCUAAUUUUGGCUGCCCAUUCUUGGGGCACCCCGAGGCUCACCUGUCUUACCUUCAGUAUUUACCAAGAAUGGGGGGUGGCAUAACGUCACCUACUUGUUUAAUCAUUUGUUGGGAUCUCCUCCAGAAAGGCAUUCCCACAUGUCAGUCAUUGGUGAGAGGCCUGAGACGUCCUGUUAUGCCUUCGUUAUGUUUCUUGUGUGUGAGACGCUGUAGUCCGGUGAGGACCUCGCUUGUGCUGCACGAACGCAAAUGUGUCUGAGUCUCUGUGCUUUCUUUUCGCGCCUUUGUUACUCACAGCAGAUUCUCACCUUUUGAUAAUGUCCCAGCCCCACACGGUAGCUGCUUUUGCUUGUUGGAAAAGUUCUGAGAAGUUGUGAGUCAUUUUGCAAUUUCCUCUGUAGUGUCAGCUCAGAGAUGAUUUAGUCCCACUGUGGUAGGGGCGAGGCGCUGAGGGGGGAGAGGUUUUGGGGGACCCUGCUGGGAACACUUCACCCCCUCAAAUACCGGCCUCUAACUGCCUAGAGGAGAGCUUGGAUUAUUCAUUUCGCAGAUCAGUCUCCUAUUCUUGAUAAUAACACGAAGGACCAGGCAACAAAAAAUAUAUUCGUCACUAAUGUGGGAGACAGGAGAAAACCGAAGGUGUGGUUUUCAAGGCGCCCCCGACCUGUCUUUUGUCCUCUCCAUUCUUUUGUUUGUUGUCACGCCUCCUUCUCCCUUUUUUGUUUAUUCAGCCUCCAAUGACUGCAUCCCUCCUCCUCCAUGACUCACCUUCCUUCAUACUGAUUUUUUUUUUUUUUGCUGCCAUCUAAGUUCUCUUGUGUUUUCAGAACACAGAUGUCAGAUGAGGAAGCUCUUAGAUGUGCAGUAGCUUAGAAGGUCCUGGCCUGGCAUUUGCAGCGGCUGGGGGUUCCAGCGCCAACCGCUCGGAAACCACAAGCGUGGUGUCACUCGAUUCCUGCCGCCUUGCUACCUCGAGUUGGGUUUGAGAUUUUCUAGAAUCCAGUACCUUCACGGUUCAUUCUGCUCUGACACAAGGGAUGGUCAGAUGAGAAGACUGGCAUCAGCCUGCUGUUCCAGGCUCCAGGGUGGGACAGGCUGUCCACGCUCACCUCUGAGUUGCCUGGCGAGAUCUUGAACACAUGAUUUUAUGGAUUAGUUUCCAAAAUGGAGAGAUGAUUAUCAAACCAGUGAUCUCAGAGCGCCGAACAGAUCGCUGCGCUGUGUAGGAGUUUCAAAGACUCGCACACCACCGGCAUGGAAGGGCCGAGGGGGACCCGGGAGCCACCUCCAAGGCCGCUGGCUCGCCACCUCUCCGACGCGGAUCGCCUCCGGAAAGUCAUCCAGGAGCUGAUGGACACGGAGAAGUCCUACGUGAAGGAUCUGAGCUGCCUCUUUGAAUUAUAUUUGGAGCCACUUCAGAAUGAGACCUUUCUCACCCAAGACGAGAUGGAGUCACUGUUCGGCAGCUUGCCAGAGAUGCUGGACUUUCAGAAGGUGUUUCUGGAGACUCUGGAGGAUGGGAUUUCAGCCGCCUCUGACUUUAACACCCUUGAAACUCCCUCACAGUUUAGAAAACUACUGUUUUCCCUUGGAGGCUCUUUCCUUUAUUACGCGGACCAUUUUAAACUGUACAGCGGGUUCUGUGCUAAUCAUAUCAAAGUACAGAAGGUUCUAGAGCGAGCUAAAACUGAUCAAGCCUUCAAGGCUUUUCUGGACGCCCGGAAUCCCACCAAACAGCAUUCCUCCACCCUCGAGUCCUACCUCAUCAAGCCAGUUCAGAGGGUGCUCAAGUACCCUCUGCUGCUCAGGGAGCUCGUGUCGCUGACGGACCACGAGAGCGAGGAGCACUACCACCUAACAGAGGCACUGAAAGCGAUGGAAAAAGUAGCAAGCCACAUCAAUGAGAUGCAGAAGGUCUAUGAGGAUUAUGGAACCGUGUUUGACCAGCUCGUGGCGGAGCAGAGUGGAACAGAGAAGGAGGUGACAGAACUUUCCAUGGGGGAACUUCUGAUGCACUCUGCAGUCUCCUGGUUGAAUCCAUUUCUGUCUCUAGGAAAAACCAGAAAGGACCUCGAGCUCACAGUGUUUGUCUUUAAGAGAGCUGUCAUACUGGUUUAUAAAGAACACUGCAAACUGAAGAAGAAACUGCCCUCGAAUUCCCGGCCUGCACAUGGCUCUGCCGACUUGGAUCCAUUUAAAUUUCGCUGGUUGAUCCCCAUAUCCGCGCUUCAAGUCAGACUGGGGAACACAGCAGGGACAGAAAAUAAUUCCAUAUGGGAACUGAUCCAUACGAAGUCAGAAAUAGAAGGACGGCCAGAAACCAUCUUUCAGCUGUGCUGCAGUGACAGUGAGAGCAAAACCAGCAUUGUCAAGGUCAUUCGAUCUAUUCUGAGGGAAAACUUCAGGCGUCACAUAAAGUGUGACUUACCCCUGGAGAAAACGUGCAAGGAUCGCCUGGUACCUCUUAAGAACCGAGUUCCUGUUUCGGCCAAGUUAGCUUCCUCCAGGUCCUUAAAAGUCCUCAGGAACUCCUCGAGCUGCGAGUGGCCCGGCGAGCCCAGCAAGGGCAGCUCCCUGGACUCGGACGAGGGGAGCCUGAGCAGCAGCACGCAGAGCAGCGGCUGUCCCCCGGCUGGGAGCUCGCAGGACUCCCCACAACCCCCACCUGCAGGCCCGGCUGACUUGUCCCCCAGCCUCAUCAAAGAGAGCGACAUUCUGAGCGAUGAGGAGGAUGACUACCAUCAGACCCUGAAGCAGGGCAGCCCUACCAAAGACAUUGAAAUUCAGUUCCAGAGACUGAGAAUCUCGGACGACGUGGACGCGAACCUGGCCGACCGGCGGCCCAGAGGCGAGCAGCCCAAGCUGGUCCGCGGGCACUUCUGCGCCAUUAAACGAAAAGCCAACAGCACCAAACGGGACAGGGGAACUUUGCUCAAGGCACAGAUCCGUCACCAGUCCCUCGACAGUCAGUCUGAACAUGCCAACCUCGAUCUCAGUUCUGUUCUGCAGCGAGAAUUCAGUGUCCAGAGUUUAACAUCGGUGGUCAACGAGGAGUGUUUUUACGAAACAGGGAGCCACGGAAAGUCAUAGUAGGAUUUCCAUCCGACGUGGGUUAAAUGGCUUGUUUUACCUUUAAACUGGUGGUAAAGUGGAAAUUGCAGAAAAACUAUUCGUUAUUGGGUUUUGUGCAGCAUACGUUUUCCCACGAAAUAGUUGUAAAGAUUUAAGUUAUUUUAAUUUAUUGUAGAUCAGAAAACUAGAUUAAACUGAUCAGAAUCUGUAAAUUACUUAGUUUAUAUCCCUUUUGAGCAGGUAUCAAAAAUGACUUAGGAUCCUUAAAAUUGCAGUCUAUUUUAAUUUAUGUGGAAAAAGAUGGAGUUGUGAUUAAUAAUUUUUAAAAGGUCAUUCCCCCCCGCUCCCCAAUCCUCUGGGCAUUUUCUUUGAGCUGUUAGUUUUUGCUUUAUUUAAAGCAUAUUUAUUUUAAUGUGGGUAUGGGGCACAAUGUGCAGAUACUUCAUUUUUGUAAGGUUGUAAUAGAUGCUGUUUAUACCGAACAUGUCCUAUCUAUGCAGUAUAUAUAUUAAAAGAAAGCUUGUACUGUA